AAUAAUACACACACUCUCACUCGUCUCUCCGCGCCUCUCCCAUUUCCUCUCUCUCUCUCUUUGCGAGACUCUCCGGCGGAUUUCUUUGGUCCUUCCAAAACCCCUUCAGUUUGAAACUACAUAUAGUAUGCCCCUUGCUGUUCACCUCCUUUGCUUUGUGAUUUUUCUUCCCUGCUAUUGUCCUUUACACUCAUCAUCUCACUCGCUCUUCCCAUUGCAUCCAAACCCUUCUGUUAUUUCCGAUCAUUCUUCGGCUGCGAUCUCCGAAGACCGAAGAUUCGAGCUCCUCGCUCUUCAAUUGAGAAAACGUCUUUUCAUCAUUAACCACACCCUCCCUCGCUCUUUUUCUUUCCCCAAAAUCGAGGGUUUCUUUGAUCAGUGGCUUCACCGCUUACGGAUUUUAACCGUCCGAUUCAAACCGUUUGGAGCUUGAAAACCUCACAUAUACAGAAGUUCCUGAAAUGAGUUUCUUGAGACCCUCUGCAUUGUACCAAUUCCUUAUUGCUUACCCCGCGCUUCGAUGGAUGCCUUGCCACAGCUGGGCUUUUCUUCGGUGGCCGGGUCUUGAUGGGUUUUUACGCCUCUUCGUGGUGGUGCUUUUGUGGUCAAUGUGUUCAGAGAUUCGAUUCAUACCAUCAUCCUCCAUGUACCCAACUCUUCGUAUUGGAGACCGAAUCAUUGUGGAAAGGCAUUCCAACAAGACAUUUCAUGGACUGCAACAUUUGAUGCUGGAAUUGGAUACACCAUUUCACUCUGAUGCUUCAUAUUACAUCAAACGCCCUGCUGUUAAAGAUAUUGUAACAAUUCGAGCUCCUAUACAGCUACAUGGACACAGGGAAGAAGAUGUAUUCAUUAAGAGAAUUGUUGCAAAAGCAGGAGACUUGGUUGAGGUGCAUCAAGGAUUGCUUUAUGUCAAUGGAAUAGCACAGAAUGAAGAUUUUAUUGCAGAACGACUAGCGUACAAUCUGAAUUUAACUUAUGUGCCUAAAGAUCAUGUUUUUGUGUUGGGGGAUAACCGUAAUAACAGCUUUGACUCCCAUAUUUGUGAACAACAGGGGGCCCCUUCCUAUGAAAAACAUUGUUGGAAGAUUCGUCACGUGCUGCUUCAGACCAUCAAACCAUUGAUCAAUGAUGUAGGUGGACAGGUUCAAAAGUGUCUCAGAAGUUUGUUCGGUAGCAGAUUUGUGGGGGAUAUUUUGCGAGUGUGACAUGGUUUACAUGUGGGUUUCCCUGCUGUUGUGCAGUCUCUAGGCCAUGACUCUUGCUUACCAAAUAACCAGGGUGAUUGGAUGUUACAUUCUUUGGUGAUUCAUGUUCCCUAACAUUCUGUAUGUCCGAUGAAAUGUUUCUUCUUGUUCAUUUGAUUUCUAAUGAUUACUUCUUCUUGUUUAUAUGUUCCUGGCUUGUUUGCAUUGUUUGAUUGAUGUUAAACUUCUUUCAACCUGAGAAAUGGAUGUGUUCCAGGAAAUAAAAGAAGGCACAUUUUUGGCC